CCUAUCGAACCAUCGAUACAACAUCAACAUCCUCGUCGCUUUUUUUUAGUUGUAGAUUAUAAAUAUAACUCGGGCUCUAGUUGCGGCGUUAAACAGAAGCCAGCCGCCCGGACCGCUAGUCGCUAGUCAAGAUCAGCUAGAUAGAGCGAUUAAUGUGUGAUUAGUAGGCACUGCAAGUAGUAAAGCCCGAGCCCAGCAACAACAACAAAGCCAAUCCGCGAUUAAAAGAGGAAGAGAGUGCGUGAGAGAAACGACAGCUGCUCUGCGUGUGUGUUGGUGUGUUUGCAGCAGGAUAACAAAAUACAAAACAUCCAGCGACAACAACAACAGCGCGCAGUGUCUAAAGUGCCAAACGAAUUUGCCAAAAAAACCGAGAUAAUAACAAAUAAACCGAUUGCAAGAGAGAGACAUGUGCAUAAAUGAAGAGCUACAGCCAAUUUAAUUUAAACGCCGCCGCCCCGCCCGCCAUUGCAUUUGAUAGUUUAGUAGUGAAUCCCAGUGGAUCGCCGAUUCUCGAUCCUCUCCAGCAGCAGCAGCAGCAACAACAGCAGUCACAGCAACAACAACAGCGCCAGGACAUGCCGCACUUUGGACUUCCGGGUCCUCAGCCGCCGCCACCGGCGUCCCAGCAGCAGCAGCAACAACAAUUGCAAGUGCAUCACCAGCAGCAGCAACAACAACAACAGCAACACCAGCAACAACAAAUGCAAAUGUCCUUGCUACCGGGUCCUUACCGGCCGCACAUCGAGGAGAAGAAACUGACCCGCGACGCCAUGGAGAAGUACAUGCGCGAGCGCAACGACAUGGUCAUCGUCAUCCUGCAUGCCAAGGUGGCCCAGAAGUCCUAUGGCAAUGAGAAGCGCUUCUUCUGCCCACCGCCGUGCAUUUAUCUUUUCGGCAGUGGCUGGCGUCGGCGGUACGAGGAGAUGUUGCAGCAGGGCGAGGGUGAGCAGGGAGCCCAACUCUGUGCCUUUAUUGGAAUCGGGAGCAGUGACCAGGACAUGCAGCAGCUGGAUCUCAAUGGCAAGCAGUACUGUGCGGCCAAGACGCUCUUCAUUUCGGAUUCGGACAAACGAAAGCACUUCAUGUUAUCCGUGAAAAUGUUCUAUGGGAAUGGUCAUGACAUUGGCGUUUUCAACUCCAAGCGAAUCAAGGUGAUAUCUAAGCCGUCCAAGAAGAAACAGUCGCUGAAGAAUGCCGAUCUGUGCAUAGCCAGCGGCACCAAUGUUGCUUUGUUCAAUCGCCUGCGUUCCCAGACCGUCUCCACGCGGUAUUUGCAUGUGGAGAAUGGCCACUUCCAUGCCUCGUCGACGCAAUGGGGCGCCUUCACGAUACACCUGUUGGAUGACAACGAAUCCGAGUCGGAGGAGUUUCAGGUGCGCGAUGGAUAUAUUCAUUACGGGGCCACCGUGAAGCUGGUGUGCUCGGUUACGGGCAUGGCCCUGCCGCGUCUGAUCAUCCGGAAGGUGGACAAGCAGAUGGCCCUGCUGGAAGCCGACGAUCCUGUCUCGCAGCUGCACAAGUGCGCCUUCUACAUGAAGGACACGGACCGCAUGUACUUGUGCUUGUCGCAGGAGAAGAUCAUUCAGUUCCAGGCCACGCCGUGUCCGAAGGAACCGAACAAGGAGAUGAUCAAUGACGGCGCCUGCUGGACCAUCAUCUCCACGGACAAGGCAGAGUAUCAGUUUUACGAGGGCAUGGGUCCUGUGGCUUCCCCUGUAACACCAGUGCCAAUUGUUAAUUCCUUGAAUCUCAAUGGCGGCGGCGAUGUGGCCAUGCUGGAGCUCAGCGGCGACAACUUUACGCCGCAUCUGCAGGUGUGGUUCGGCGAUGUGGAGGCCGAGACCAUGUACCGCUGCACGGAGACGCUGCUUUGCGUGGUGCCCGAGAUUUCCCAGUUCCGCGGCGAAUGGCUUUGGGUGCGACAACCCACACAGGUGCCCAUUUCACUCGUGCGCAACGAUGGCAUUAUUUAUGCCACUGGCCUGACCUUCACAUAUACACCGGAGCCGGGUCCUCGGCCGCAUUGCAACGCCCAGGCCGAGGAUGUGAUGCGGACGCGACAGAAUAAUAAUAAUAACAACAUCACUAGCAUUAGCAACAAUAACAACAGCAACAAUGCGGGAUCACCGGCCGGCGGCAGUAUGCAACAGCAACAACAACAGCAGCAGCAACAUCAGGCGCUGCCCUCCAUCUCAGAAGUGCAAUGGAAUAGUCAUGGUAGCGGCUUGUCCUGAGUGCAGGACUAUUGCAUCGCACACCUAUGUAUCCUAAGUUAUUUAUAGUUUUUAUUGCAGACCUUAGUUUGUAAAUUGACAAUUUUUCUUAUACUAAUUUUCCACCUCUCAUGACGUCAAGCAAAAUGUGUGUGCGCCCCCUCCUCCUCUCUAAAGUGAAUCAUUAUCCUUUAUACAUGUGUAUCUAGUGCUAGUUUUGGAACCAAUAGAUUUGUAAAUGCAA